AUGGAGGAUGAACAAUAUGACCUGCCCAAAGUAAUCCCGGCAUACUAUUGCUGCUAUUUACUUCGAUCGUUGGGUACGGGCUAUAAAGGUUCAGCCUUAUACAUUGGUUCCACACCAGACCCUGCCCGUCGUCUCGCCCAGCAUAACGGGCUCUCCAAAGGCGGAGCCCGCAAAACGGCGAAUGACAAGAGACGGCCAUGGGAGAUGGUUAUGGUAGUAGAAGGGUUUACCAGUAAUAUUGCGGCGUUACAAUUCGAGUGGGCAUGGCAACACCCGGUGGCUACUAGGCAUCUUUCUUCAAAAGACUCGAACGAGAAUGGGAAAUCAAAGGUGAAUGGUGACAUUGAGAAUGACGCUGUGGUGGGAAAAUCUCAGCAGAAACCCAAGGCGCAGAAGAAAUCUAAAGCUCAGAAGGGACCUGAAGCCUCUGAAAAGGGCACAGAAGAUGAUAAGAAAAAGAAAUCCAAGAGAAAACCACCACUUCGUCGAACGCGGCACUCCUUAAAGGCUCAUUUGGAAGACCUACACCUUUUAUUACGGUCUACCUACUUCAAAGGCUGGCCUCUUACUCUACGAUUUUUUGCCGCCGAUGUUUCUCAGGCCUGGAGAGGAUGGUGUGACCGUGUAGACGGAAUUAUACCUGAUCAUAUCAAGGCUAUUGCAGACGGAAAUUGCACAGACAUAUUCGCUCGCCGCGAGGAGCGCAAUUCGGCAGUUGGAACUGUCCAAGAUAUCAAGGUCGACUACACACCAAUAACGGACUAUGUGGAAAAAGGGGCGCUUCUACUUGACGACAUCAGGAGCACGACUUGUAAAGUAUGCGAAGCACAAUACAAAGAGAAUGACCUAGCUGUUGUUUGCCCAACAGCCGGCUGCAAUAGCACGGCCCAUUUGCUGUGUCUCUCAGCAAAAUUCCUGGAUAUUGCGAAAGAUUUAGAUCGGGUUGUCCCACUUGCUGGGAAGUGCCCCAUGUGUGCUCAGACCGUUCAAUGGUCGUCCAUGAUGCAAGAAUUGAGCAUUAGAACCCGCGGAAGAGAUAUGACGCGUGCCAUGUUGAAUAUAUGCGAGAGGAAGAACAGGAAAGCCUUGAAGAAUAUAAAAGCCAAGGCAGCAACGGUGGAAAAGCCGAUAGCUGCCGCAGCUAUGGAGCAUGACUCCCCGGACGAGGAUGGCCAUGAUACAGAUUCUCUGGAUGACUAUUGGGACAAAGUUUUAGAUUCUGACUUGGAAUCUGGCCCAAUCAGCUCCCCACAACAAGAAUCAAAGGUCUCGAAGGGUGAAGGGGUCAUUGAAGAUAGCGAGCUCGACGAUGAUGGACCACUGGGUUGA